AUGGCCGAUCCGAUCGUGAAGGGCAUCCUGAGUGAGGGCAUCGUACCCGCCGAGUUGGAUCACAUCAAGAUCGCAGAGGAAAUUGAGAAAUUUGAAGGGGAAAACCAACGAGCCCCACGAUCCCUCUCACCGUCGGUCGCCAGUUUGAUCAAUCUUUCAUAUGAAAGUGAAUACAACGAAAUUCAAUUCAAACCAAGGAAGAGGUGCCGGGGAAGCCAUGUAGGGUUACAGAAGGCAUUUUGA